ACCAAUACGAUGAUCCAAGGAAGGUGUCCGGACGGUUAGAAAAGACGCACGCUGUUGUAGGCAGGAUGGAAGUGAAAGAUGCAAAUGCUGCUAUGCUCAGCAAUUAUGAGGUCUACCGGCUGCUGACGGACUUGAAAGAGCAGAGAAAGGAGAGUGGGAAGAACAAGCACAGCACCGGACAGCAGAACCUCAACACCGUCAUGUUCGAGACUUUGAAGUAUCUGUCCAAGACUCCCUGCGUGCGCCAGAGCCCCGAGAUUGUGAAGGAGUUCCUUACUUCCAUGUUGUCGCACAAGCUUACAAAGGCAGAGAAACUCCAGCUCCUGAACCACAGGCCACAGACUGCUGUGGAGAUUCAGCUGAUGGUGGAGGAGAGCGAGGAGAGGCUGACCGAAGAGCAGAUCGAGGAGCUGCUCCAGAAGGUGACGGACAUCCUGCCCGGAGACCCGCAGCAGGACAAGGCCUCGGCGCCCGAGGACGCGGACAUGGAGGAAGGGGAGGGCCAGUAGCCACCGCGGCCCCCCCGCUCCCGGACAGACGGACCUGACCGGCUGCUGUCAGGACUUUACAGCUUCCGUCUCCUGCUUCCACCAAUGACGUGACGGGAGGCGCCCCGUUUAGCCAAUCAGACAGUGACCCGAGUAUCAAGGCAAGGCUGCCAGGGCACCAGGGUCCCUUAUCCCAAGACAUUUUUUUUCCAGUUGUGGGCACUGAAGACAGGUCAUCCCGAAUCCCAAACCCCUCUUCUCCGGUCAGCACCAUCGUUUACGAGUGGGGAUUCUGUGGGGGCCACAGGUUUAGCUUUUGUACUUCCCGAGGCUUGGAGUAGCGAGUGUUUUUGAGUCUUGUCAUAAAUCGUCUGCCCUAACUGAAGCAGGCCAGAGCUCCUUUAGGCUCAGGUAGUUUGGCGAGCCAGUGUUCUGGGUGAAAAGUGUCUCGGGCGGGUUGGUACCACAAACAGUGUAACGCGGUGGUCAACUCAUGGCUAGGUAUCUUCUAAAAAAGUCCUUGAAAGUAGGGAGGAGAAAAAAGGGGGGAUACAUUUUGUUUGCCUUUUGUUUUGGGGAUAAGAUUUGUUUGCUUAAUUAAGAGCUGUGAGCAAUCACUUGCCUUUUUGCAGAUCCUCUGGGUUAAUUAUCAAAGAGGGUCUCGUGUUACUUGAUGUGUAUGGCAACCUGUGACAUAACACAGCAGGAAUGUUUCUGUAACAUGAACGGAGAUGAACCACAUGCAGUGCGUUUUUCUUCAUUCCUACCUUCAGUUUUUUUGGCACUCACACCCAGGAAGGACAUGCCUGUUGCUUUUAAUUGCUGGAGCAGCAACAGGGGGCGAGGGAAUUAAAGAGCAUUUGUCAGAAAUUGGCAAUGUUUUGUUGUUUUGAAACGAGUUGCACUACGUCAGGCCUCAGGCUUGCUCAGAUCCAUGCUAGUAUAAAAAGUAGGCACAGUGAUACCUGUACGGCUAUUGAUUCAGCAAAUCAAAGGAUUUCACAAUAAAGGGUGAGUGAUUUUUUUAUCGUUGUUUUUGGGGCAGUGGAAAGGGAAUGGGCAGAGGUUUGUCCAGAUGUGCCCUGUUAGCUACCACAUUGAGGUGAAGGGGUGUUCAUAUUCAUGGAGGUCCAUUUUGCAGCAUUUCCUGUUUGUGAAGUGGUCAGUGAGGUCUGAACCUCUCUUGUGGCCUGGUGAGCCGUGUGACAUUUUUCUGAGUUGUGAUAUUAAAACAUAUUUGCUUGUG